CCCAAAAAAAAUUGGAGUCCCAACCAAAAAUGACGUCGUUUCUUGAUCCCAGCCCUAGUUCUUCUCGCCCCUUCUACAAUCAUCUCCAUCUCCUUUAAGCCGCUUCUGCAAUCAUCUUCAUCAUCUCCAAUAUGAACAAAGUGCCAAACAAAUUAUGAGGAUUGUAAGGAAGAAAGCAAAGGGACCACAAUUCCGGAAAUGAUAGGAAUAAGUACCACCCAAAACUUACUCUAAAAAUAGCAUUUCCCUAAAUUUAUGCAAAGGAAAUCCAACAACUGCUUCGCUUUAUGCAACAAAAUAGAGAAGCAAUAAAAUAGAAACAAGAAUAAAAAAAGUAAAUAUUUUCUCUUCAAUGAAUUUCGUUUCUGGUUUAUGAAAAAGGAGAUGGAGAUGAUUGCAGAGGGGGUGACAGCAGGGACUAGGUUUUUGAGUGAAAAAUUGAAGGAAUCGCAGUUGUUCCCAUCAAUUUCAUCUUGAGAAAUUUACAUUGAAAACUAAAAAAAAAAAAAAGAGAUCCAACAAAGCACUUAGUGGAGAUGAUGAAUUGCAGCAGCAGAGUUGAGUCGGCGGCGUGAGAUGAUUGCAAAAAGGGUGAAGAAGGAGAUGAAGAUGAUUGCAGAGGGGGGUGGCAGCAGUGGCUGGAUUUUUUAGUGAAAAAUUGAAUGAAUUGGAGGAGCGAGG